AUGUGCACUACUACCCAACUUCAGCUUCAGGUCCAACAGUCCCAGACAAGCCAAAAGCUAGUAGGUCCAAUCAAGAGACGUCCUCUCUUUGACCUUGUGCUACCUACUAGUACUACAACUACUGGUGGAGAUAACCAAUGCCAACGCCAACCAGCUGCCAAGAAACGCCGCAUUACCUUCACAGAGAACUUGGUGACUAGCUAUCAUGCCAUUCCUUGUCUCUCAGAGUUGUCUGAGGAAGAACUAGAUCAAUGCUACUACAAGAAGCGUGACUUGAAAAUCAUCAAGAGUCAAGCUACCAAAGACAUGAAGGCCCAUGAGCGGGGUACCGGUACUGGCGGUACUACAUGUAGUAGUGAAGCUAGCUUUUGUGCCCGUGGCUUGGAACGCCGCAGUCGUCAGGGUGCCAAGCAAUUUCGACAAAGCAAAACCAAGGGAUGGCGAGCUGUCUUUCUAGAACAAGCUAGACAACGCACUAGUCUGCAUCAGGUUGUCAAUGGCAAAGUCUACUUGGCCAAGGUAUACCAAGAAGUCACCAAACCCAGUUCAUGGGCAGCACAGGGCGUGGCUGCCAGAGAUGCUCAAGAAGCUGCUAGAAUCUACCUACUGUCUUCGGCAUCCAUCAAAUCCCUCCUCCCCACCAACAGCACAUGUACGCCCCCUUCUCCUUCUUCUUCCAAGCAGUGCCAACAACAAUAA